AUGACAGAUCCUGAUGAUAAUGAGGCAGAGGCCACUGGCUUACAACAGUAUAGCGGUGAGACAAUUCUUGAUGAGGAUGAAGAAAACAUGAAUGCUUCUUUCACAUCAACAUCUAGGCAUAGAGGCCGGAGUAAUACCAUAUCUAGUAUUUUCAGCGGUUAUGAGAUAGUGAGAGAACACAUGGACAAAAAAAAGUUCAUGUACUUGAUUCUGGCAAGUUUACUUCUGUACUUAGGUUUUGUUGCUGCGUUUGCUCCUAGGACGUCCUUGUCGAGGGACUUUCGGCGGUUCCACUCCUCCAAGUUGACCAACGCUGAGGUAUAUAGAAUAUACCUGAACUCACUGCAACAGGAGAAUAGAGCGAAAGAACAUGUUUACAGGUAUGCCGGACACAUGAGUGAUGGACUAAGUGAUUCUUCGGCGCUUAAGUACACCUUGAACGAGUUCCUGGACAUGGGAUAUAAGCCUAAAGUCGAAAAAUAUUAUCCAUGGGUGGGAAAGCUGGUAGACACUAAUGUAGCUCUUCUAGAAAAUGAUGAAGUAGUUUACCAGGCCAGAAUGAUCGAAGAUAAGAUUACUGGCGAUCCUGCCACCCACGCCAGAAGAAGACAAAAAGGUUUCCAUCAAUACUCAAAAAAUGGGAAUGUGACUGCUCGGUACGUGUUUUGUAACUAUGGUAGUAUUGAAGAUUAUAAACUGCUUUUGAGAAAAAACAUUGACAUUGAGGAUAAAAUUCACGUCGUACGAUCGGGUAAACUAGUCUCCGGGUUGAAGGUCAAGAAUGCCGAGCUUUAUGGUGCUUCUAGUGUUAUUAUAUAUACAGAUCCCUUCGACGAUGGUAAAGUUACUGAGAAAAAUGGGUUUUUGCAUUAUCCUUAUGGACCAGCAAGAAACCCAAGUUACAUUGAAAGGGAUUCCGUUAACUUUUUCAGCGAUACCCCGGGGGAUCCAACCACCCCAGGCUACCCUUCGAAAGACUCUGACACUGAACAUAUGUCGCCUGUGGGAAGAGUACCGAGAAUACCAUCCGUGCCUAUGAGUGCGAGAGAUGUCCAACCAAUUUUGAGAAAAUUGAAUGGAAGAGGUUUCCAAAUUGGUCCCGGUAGUAAUAUCAAAGAUUUUGAAUCAUUUACGGGACCUUCAAGUUCUAUUAAUAAAAUCCAUUUGCAUAAUGAGUUGAAUUACAACGUCAAGGAAAUCGGAACCGUAGAAGUCAACAUCCCUGGUAUAUUCACCGAGGGAGAGAUUAUUAUUGGUGCUCAUAGAGAUUCAUUGGCUUCAAGUAGCGCUGGUGAUGCUAAUAGCGGCAGCGCAAUUCUUUUGGAAAUUGCACGAGGCAUGAGUAAGUUACUGAAACAUGGUUGGAAACCAUUGCGUCCUAUCAAACUUAUUAGUUUGGAUGGUGAAAGAUCAGGCCUUCUCGGGUCCACAGACUAUACAGAAGCUCAUACCGCUAUUCUUAGAAGAAGAGCCUUCGUGUACCUGAACAUAGAUAAUGCCAUAUCUGGGACAAACUUCCAUUGCAAAGCCAACCCACUUUUACAGAACGUCAUAUACGAAGCUGCUAAACUUACAGAAUUCAGUGGUCACGAGGACCGGACAUUGUACGAUCAUUGGCAGAACGCUUCCAAUGGCACAAUUUCCCUGCUUGAUGGGUUAUCUAGUUACACUUCAUUCCAAUAUCAUCUCGGAGUACCUGCAGCUCAUUUCCAGUUUAAUGCUAACGAUUCCUCGGGUGCAAUCUAUCAUAGUAACUCCGUAUUCGAUAGUCCAGCGUGGUUGGAAAGGUUUACCAAUUCUGACUAUAAGCUACACAACACCAUGGCCAUGUUUGUAGGCUUAACAACGCUAAUGCUUAGUGAAAAUGAGUUAGCAAGAUUCAAUACACACAUUUACUUAAAGAAAACGUACAAUUGGUACGUUGCAUGGUACUCUAAGCUGUCAUCAGCAUUUCCUCGUGACAAUGAAUUAAACCAUUUAGCAAAAAGGGUCCUAGAUCUAUUAAAUGUUGCCACUUGGGAGGAUAGUAUUAAAUUUGACCAGCAAAAUGACCUUCUUUAUAAAGAAUGUAGAGAAGCAUUGCCAGUUUGGGCUUUUUACAAAAAAAUCAAGAGUUAUAUCAAAUUGCAAAGAUCGAAUAGCAAAUCAAAACAAAUCGACCAGCUAUUUAUCACGCACAGAGGAUUAAAAGACAGAGCAUGGAUGAAAUAUUCUCUCUUAGCACCUAGUAAAUCGCGAGGAUCCGUAGGGAAUGUUUUACCUGGACUUCAUGAAGCAUUGGCUGAUAUGGAUAGAAGCGAGGUGAUUCAGUGGCUGACGAUUCUGUUAAGCCAGUUCAGCAACGUUCGCUACUUGCUUCAAUAA